AGUUUUGAAACUGUUACCCUCCAUAAUCCACACCAGUCUACACUCCUUUAUCCGACUUUUGGCUUCUUUCUGGAAAAUCGAACGUUACAACACGCUUUACUUUACUUAUUGACCUAACGUCUCUCUUCUCUCUCUCCUCUCUCAUAUUCCUACUCUGUUUUUGUCUCUUGCUUGCUCACGCUCCCCAACCAAUACUACUCCAUUCCAUCAGGAUAGCAACAUAAACGGCCGUUAUUCAUCGUCCACACGUUCCAGUGUUCUAAAAGUUCAAUUGUUAAGUACUAAGCUAGUAAUUGGGUUCUGUUUUGGUGGUUUGAAUGGCUAGUGAGGACUUAGAUUGCAGCACCCAAGUGGUGGUUUCCGAAGGAUUGGAAACCCUAGAAGCAGAUUUACGGGAGGGAGAUCGUAAGGCUAGUGACGGACUGGGACCCGCAGGGAGUGGAACGGAUUUGGGUUCGGAGAAGAUGAUGGAGAGUCCGAGGGCCGAAAUCGACACGUCAGCUCCGUUCGAGUCCGUCAAGGAGGCGGCGACCCGAUUCGGUGGAAUGGGUUUCUGGAGACCCAGUUCUCACAAGCCCUCUGAGCAUGAAUUUGAAGCGGUUGACAUCGCCCAAGUUGAGGAACAAGCUGUGCAGUUGGAGAAGGAUCUAAUGGCAAAAGAAAGGGAAACACUUGAUGUCUUGAAAGAACUCGAAGCGACUAAAAUGAUUGUAGAAGAGCUAAAACUGAAGCUACAGAAAGGAGCAUCGGAAGUCAGCGCAGCCUUCAAUGCAAACUCGGAUGAUCAGAACCUAAAUGGUUUUGUGGAGGAAGAAGAAAAGGAAAACCAUGUUAAUCCCAAUUCCAAUGGUGCUUUCAGCCUCUUGCCCUCUUCUGCUCCGGGAGUCAUCUUAAUGGAAUUGAAACAAGCCAAAUUUAACCUCACAAGAACUACUAAUGAUCUUGCUGGCAUUCGCGCUACUGUUGAAUCAUAUAACAAGAAAAUAGAAACAGAAAGACUCUCGCUUGAAAAGACUCGCAAGAGGUUGUCUUCGAGUUCUUCAAAAGUUUCAUCGCUUGAGGAAGAGCUAAGCAAAACUAGACUGAAGCUACAACUGGCUCAAGAUUCUGACAUCAAAGGUGAUUCAGAUAAUGCCAUUGACAUAUCAAGAGAGCUUCAACAAUUGAGCUGCGAGGCAGAACAGUACAAGAAAUUGGGAGAAGCGGCCAAAAAAGAAGUUUUGAGAGCAAUGUCCGAGAUUGAGCAAACCAAAACUAGGAUUAAAACGGCUGAGAUCAGAUUGGUUGCAGCGAGGAAAAUGAAGGAAGCUGCUAGAGCCACAGAAGCUGUUGCUCUAGCCGAAAUCAAAGCCCUUUCAAAUAAUGAGCAGAAGCAUGAAGGAGUUACUCUUUCCUAUGAGGAAUAUACAUCCCUAACAUCAAAAGCUCAUGAGGCGGAAGAAGCUUCUAAGAGGAAAGUGAUAGAUACCAUGCUUCUGGUUGACGAAGCUAACGUAUCGAGAAUGGAGAUUUUGAAAACUGUGGGAGAGGCUGCGGAAGAAGUCAAGACUAGUAAGAAAGUGUUGGAAGAAGCUCUGAACAGAGUAGAGGCUGCAAGUAGAGCAAAGCUGGCAGUUGAAGAAGCUCUGAGGAAGUGGAGAUCUGAGAACGGUCAAAAGAGACGAUCAGUACAGAACUCUACCAAGUUCAAGAAUUCAUCUUACCCAUCUCACCGCCGGAAAGACUCACAUCUGACUGACGCAACUGGGCUGAAUCUUAUCAACGACGAGCCAAUGCCCGUUUUGAGGCCAACUCUGUCUAUAGGGCAAAUACUGAGCAGGAAGCUGUUUUUGACCGAGGAAUUUGGGAAUGGGAUGAAACCGGAAAAAGGAGGUGCAGUUAAACGAAAGAUGUCCCUUGGUCAAAUGCUUAGUAGACCCAAUGGCGAGACACCCUUCACAUGGAAGCCCGAGAGGGAAACUGGCCACAAGCAGCAGCUGAACGUGAAAAGAAAGAAGUUUGGGUUUGCCAAGUUCUCGGUCCUUAUGAGAAAGCAAAAUCAGCAAAAGAAGAAGCGAACUCCUAACUUUAUGUGUCACAGUGAGUUAGAUUGAUUGCUGAUUUAGUAGUCAUUGUCAGUAGCUGUUAUAUUAGUAUUUUGUUUGUCGUCGUUCCUCGAUUACUUUUAUGCCAGAACCUUGUUCGCUUUUUCCUGCGUUUUUGGUUAUUUGUACUUACCCAGUGUUUAUGGAUAGUAUUGUCGUGUGUUCUCCCUU